AAUUGAAAAUCAGCAAGUUGAAAUUAAAUUUUAAUCAAAAUGGGCAACAAAAAGUUCAAUGAAAAGGCGAAAAACAAAAAAUGGGAACGUGUGAAGAUGGAAGGACAAGUUUUUACACACGAUAAUGCAGAUUUUUCGGGAUUCAGUAGUUUGGAAGUGCUCGAAAACUACGACAGGAGACUCGUGAAGAAGACAAAACUGCAAAAAGAUGACUUGAAUUUGCGAACUGUGGAUGCUUUGGACUUGCGAAAGAAGGAUGAAGGCAAAAAUAAGCAGAAAAAGAGUCAAAAAGACUCGGGAAAUGAGUCUGACGAUGAUAUUUUGAAGGAAUUUGAGGACGAAGAAGACUUUGGAUUUCAAGAUUCUGACACUGAAGUGCCUUCCAAGAAGAAACGAAAGAAGGAAGAGAAGAAAAAAUCCAAAGAAAAUGAUAAAAAGUCGAAAAAAGAGGAAAAAGCAGGAAAAUUUGUGCUGUUGAAACCUCCAAAAGACUCAAGUGACGACGAAGAAGAGUCAGAAACAGAAGAAAACCCCGUAGAAAGCGAUUCAGGCAACGACGAAACCUCCGUCGACAAAUCUCUCGCUCAAAAUUGGAAAGAACUCGGCGUUUCUUCGGAAGAAAUCAUCAAAGCACUCAACGACAAAGGCUUCACGCUGCCCACAGAGAUCCAAACUCUCUCAAUUCCUCCCGCAAUCUUCGGAAAACGCGACAUUUUGGGCGCCGCAGAGACAGGAAGUGGCAAAACUCUCGCUUUUGGCAUCCCAAUUAUCGAAGGAAUCAUUCGUCACAAGCAGAAGCAAUCAGAAAAUGAUGAAAAACCGCUUUAUGCUGUCAUUUUAACGCCAACUCGUGAACUUGCAAGUCAAAUUCAGGGACAUUUGAAGGAUGUAGCAAAAUAUACAGACAUCAAAGUUGCUUCAAUUUUCGGAGGAAUGGCAGUUCCCAAGCAAAAACGUGUCUUGAAGCAAUGUCCCGAGAUAAUUAUCGCCACGCCGGGUCGAUUAUGGGAGCUGUAUGAGGAAGGAGAUGAACAUUUGGCGAAAAUGGACAGUUUGAAGUACUUUGUUGUUGAUGAGACAGAUCGAAUGGUUGAAAAAGGGCAUUUUGAGGAGAUGCAUAAAUUGUUGGAAGUCAUAAAUGCUGAUGCGGCGAAGAAAAAAGGAAGACGAAAUUUUAUUUUUUCUGCGACACUUACGAUGGUUCAUGAUUUGCCGGAUUAUGUAUUGAAACGAGCUCGUCAUUCAGGAGGAAACAAACCUUUGAAAACAACUCCAGGACAAAAACUCCAACAACUUAUCCAAGCUUUCGGAUUAACAGACCCGAAAAUCGUCGAUAUUUCAUCAAGUACGGGAACAGCAAAAUCCCUCACCGAAAGUCGAAUUCUCUGUCAAACGAACGAAAAAGACUUUUACCUCUAUUACUUCCUCCAAAAACAUCCGGGACGCACAAUUGUCUUCUGUAACUCGAUCGAAUGCGUAAAACGUCUCGUUUCUCUCUUGAGUUACCUGAAUUGCAAUCCGUUCGGUUUACACGGAAGCAUGAUACAGAAACAACGCUUGAAAAACAUCGACAGAUUCAAAAAUAAUCCGCUCGGUUUACUCAUUGCGACUGAUGUAGCUGCUCGUGGUUUGGAUAUUCCGCUUGUGCAACACGUAAUUCAUUAUCAAGUCCCACGAACGACGGAAAAUUACGUGCAUCGUUCGGGAAGAACAGCUCGUGCGAAUAACGAAGGUCUUGCCGUGCUCAUGAUGGAUCCAAGCGAAGUUAAAUAUUACACGAAACUUUAUCAGGAUUUGGGUAGAACUGAAGAUUUGCCGCUUUUCCCAACGGUAUCGAAAUUUGUUAGUAUGGCACGUGAGAGAGUUGUGCUCGCGAGAGAAGUAGAAAUGAUCGAUUUGCAACUUCGAAGAGUCGCGACGGAAGAUAAUUGGUUGGAAACAGCAGCGAAAGAGGCUGAACUUGGUUCUGAUAGUUCAGAUAAAGAUUCCGACGACGAGGACUACAAAAAACAAGAACGCAACAAGAAAAAAACAUCUUUACGUGACAAAUCCCUCAAAUUGGCUCAACUUUUAGCGAAUCCUCUCUUCAUGAAUACCACAAAAUACCCCACGAGCGUUUUGCCGGGCACAAAACCAAAGGCAACUGACAACGAUUCAGCUGUUUCUGUCAUCAAACAAUCCGUCGCCGAGCACAAAGAAUGGAAAAAGAACCGAAAAAGGAAAAAUCGCGCCUAAAUUUGUUAAAUUUUUCUUUAAUUUUUAAUAAAAUUUGUACAUUUCUUCAUAUUUU